CAUGUCAUGUGACCAAAAUAAUGCUCACGUGACCCGAGGCCGAUCCUGACCAAUCAAAUUCAUCGUUACAAAGUUGGCGGGUUGCCAAAUUUGCUCAAGAUGGCGGCGCGCAUGGAUCACCAUCGGCGGAAGAAAAUCUGCGAUGUUCGGCCCGCAUACAGAGACGGUAGAAGCGAAAAAGCUGUGAAAGUGUACACAAUCAACCAGGAAUCAUGCUACCUGAUCAUCCAGGGCGUACCGGACAUCAAAGUCACUGAGGAGUUGCUCAAACUGUUCUCGUUGUAUGGCACGAUUGAGGAGUACCGGAUACUGGAGGAUUUCCCAGCUGAGGCAUUCACCAAAGUCUACUGGGUCAAAUAUGUUGAGUUACAAGCAGCAAGGGUCGCCAAGCGUAAGAUGGAUGACAGACCCUUCUACGGGGGCACUCUGCACGUCUCCUACGCCCCCGAGUACGAGUCUGUGGAAGACACCGGGCGUAAGUUGCAAGAGAGGAGAAAAGAAGUGGCCAGGCGGCUGAAGAAACUACAGCAGGAAAGUAAUGAGGUGCCCUCUACUUCUCAUGGCAAACCUGCAUCAACAAUGCAAGAUAGCAAUGAUCCUCUUGCUUUGAAGUCUGGCACUCAGACUUCUACAGGCCAGGACUUGAACAAAAGCCAGCUAAUAGGUCCUAGGAAACCUGACUCCCUUCCAAAUACAUCCACAGACUCGCAUCAGUCUGUUAAUGAAUCUAGUGUAACGUUACCUGGUGAUCACAGUGAAGAAAUACCAGAGCAACUUCCAGCCCCUCCAAGGACUCUACCCGUUUGGGAAUGGGAAUAUCCGGUCACGUCACGUGACCAGUAUCCACGGUUACCAACGGCCCACGCCACCCUGCCUCGAAAUUUCAACCCCUACCCCGACGGUUACGAACCCAACAUACCAGGUAACCAACACAAAAAUAACCUCACACCCAUGUCAAACACUGUUACGAACACUGAGGGGAUACCUGUGACAACCACGGGUGCUUCGGACUUGGGCCAAACAGGUGCAAGACCGAAAUUCAAACUUGGACGAGACAGUCAUCGUGGCGACAGCGCAAAGGAGGAGAAAAACCAAAGGCCUCGGUUGAGAUUCCUGGAGCGUGUUGCUUGGCGGGAGAGCGGUAAACACGGAGGAGUGAAGUCAAGAAGUGAGACACCAUCUCAGGACGGAACCUCUGCCAAUAACAGGACACGCCCAGUUUCCUUAAAAGGACCACACCCUGAUCAGUGUUCAAACCCACCCACCCAAACCUCUGGUCGUGUUCCGCCCAACCUGCAAACUUCAUCGUUUGUGCCACGGCAGUUGCUCGGCAAACGGAAGCACACCACAGAAUCCUCACAACCAGAGCAAGCAGGAUUUGGUUUGAGUUGUGAGGGAGGAGCAGGGCACUCUGAGCAGAGGGGGCACGGUGAUACAGGGUUGACGGAGGCAGAGACACCACCUGUCACAGGGGAUGCUUCAUUUGACAGGACUGUGCAGAACAUCAGGAGGCAGAUGAGAAAUGUUGUUCCAGCACGCAGUCAGGUGGCAGGUGUACAGCAGCAAGUAGCACCUGCACCUCAACCUGCAGCAGCAGCAGCACCAGCAGGUGGGCCAUCAGCUACCAAACGCCCGCGGAUCUAACACAGUAGCUGCAACAGCAGCUGGGCCAUCAGCUACCAAACGCCCGCGGAUCUAACACAGUAGCUGCAGCAGCAGGUGGGCCAUCAGCUACCAAACGCCCGCAGAUCUAACACAGUAGCAGCAGCAGCAGGUGGGCCAUCAGCUACCAAACGCCUGUGGAUCUAACACAGUAGCUGCAGCAGCAGGUGGGCCAUCAGCUACCAACCCCCUGCAGAUCUAACACAGUAGCAGCAGCAGCAGGUGGGCCAUCAGCUACUAAACGCCCGCGUAUCUAACACAGUAGCUGCAGCAGCAGGUGGGCCAUCAGCUAACAAACGCCCGCGGGUCUAACACAGUAGCUGCAGCAGCAGGUGGGCCAUCAGCUAACAAACGCCCGCGGGUCUAACACAGUAGCUGCAGCAGCAGGUGGGCCAUCAGCUAACAAACGCCCGCGGGUCUAACACAGUAGCUGCAGCAGCAGGAUGGCCAUCAGCUACCAAACGCCCGCGGAUCUAACACAGCUAAUUGUGAUUAAUGUGAUCUGGGAGAUGUGAGGGUGGUGCUCCAUCUGAAAUGGCGACACUGGACUGGAUCAAUCUGUAGACAGUUGUACCUUGAGGGUCUUAGAUUUUAGGCUUAACAUGGCAAUACAUUUUGACGGUAAUAACCCUAAGGCUACACGCUUACAAUUGUGUCUGUUGUUGCCGUGUAGAGUCCCAAAACUAAAAACCACACAGGACGUGUUCACUCAUGUCGACAAACGACUCAUCGUCGCAUCCAGUAACAUGAAUCACAGGCUGAUUUAAAAGGCAAGACCAUUUCCGAUGUCGCCCCUCUUUGCUCCGAGAUCCGCAACAAAAUAAAUGUUCGGGAGCCAAGAGUGCAAAUCCCCUGACCUACUUUCCCUAAUGCGACGGAGGAUUAUAGCUGAACUAAGCCGCACGCACACACAUGAGGGGGGGGGGGGGGGGGUGAGGAUGAGAGACAACACAAAUCAGGCCGCGGGCGUGUGACCCUAUUCACAGCUCUGUCUUCCGCUUAGACUUACUGGCAGCCGGUGCUAAGAGUUCUGUAAUUGUUCGCAGUAAUCAGUUAAAACCACAGGCACCUAAGUGUUUAGCGUGAGUCAGGGAGGUUGAUAGGAACAGGAAGAUAGAAAGCCAAUUAGUUCUCUUUAUUCGGUGCAGGGAUGCGGUUUAGGGCUGUGUUUUACGUGCGGACUUGUUGUGUAACUUGGAGUUUGAAAGUCAUAAUCAGUUUAUUAUUGGGGGGGGGGGGCCUUAAAAAAACAAGUGUUUCUGAAGAGUCUUUUGUAUUGUAGGAAUGUUAAUUAUUCAGGCAUGCAACUUUUCCUCGGAUCUGCUGGUUUUUGACUUCUCAUGAAUGCCAUCACCAAUCGAAAAAAACUGUACAAAAUCUUGUAUGGUUUGGAGUUUCCUCGUUUUUUGCCCUCUAAAUUCCCAGUUGCAUGCCUGAUUAUUACUGGUAUUGAAAGCCGACAAUUUAUCAAAGUGAAAAUACAGCUAUUAACUUUGACGCUUGCAGAAACCUUUAAUGCGAAGGUGGUGAGCAAAGGGUGUUUAAUAUUUGAUUUGUAGAAUUUGUUUCAUUGACUUCCAUUUUAUAAGUUAACUUGUAUUUUGUCAUUUAUUUUUUUUAUUAAGUUACCGAUAUAUUCAUAAGUCAGUGCUCCUAAUAAAAGAAUUAAUUAUGAGGCCAAUCUGAAAAGUAAAAUGAGACAUGAGAAUUAUAGUCUGAAAUGAAAUCCAUGGAAUCUUGAAAGCCUACUCUCUCUCUCUCUCUCCGAUUUUUGUUUCUUUUAGAUGACUGUUGGGAAAGUAGACUGUAAGAAAUCGAUUCUUAGAUUUCAGUCUUAUUUAAUGGGAAAAAAAUAUGUUAUGUUGCACAAUUGAAAAAUAUUAUCGUAUUGCAAACUUUGCAUUCUUCGUUAUUCCAAAAUAUGAAUUAUUGUAUAAUUUUGUACUGUAAAUUUGUGGAAAAAUAAAUACUUUAUGAAAAGAAAA